UGGACACCGGAAGUACCGCAUUGGUUGCCAUAGAGACGCAUCCCUGUAGUUCUGUAAAGUUCUGUUUGGGCUGUCAGUGAGGAGAGGAAGGAGCCAAGUGGGACAAACUGCAGGGACAGACGCACAGCCCAGCGGGGUCCCUCUAAAGGACUGGAAGUAGCUGCCACUGAUGUUGGGGGGAGCCAGGGAUAUGGCGGGGAGCAGCAGACCAGAGCUGUACCGAUGGAAAAGGAUGGAGAAGAAGCCCAUCAGCAAGCUAAAAUUUGACUCUGACAAUGUGGAGCAUUGGAUUAAGAAAGUGGAGCAGGCCUCAGAGUUUGCGGUUGCUGAAGUUUUCUCCCAUAAGAAACCCUCAUCUCGUGGGCCGAGGCCUCCUGCUCUGGGCCUUGAAUCAGCAGAGCAGCUUUAUGAUCAUGAUGAUGCUUAUGCUGAAGCUCAGGACCUGCUAAGUGAGUGGCUGAACAAUAAACUGAAGCUGGAAUUGGCCAGUGAUGAGGAAGAGGAGCCUUGUAUGGACCAUGCGGAGCUUACUGAGCAGAAGCAGCCGGCACCAGAGUUUGUAAAAUACAACAGAUUUGAUGAUCUGUAUCAGUACUUGGAGCAGGAAACAGACAGCACCACAACUCAAGAUUUCCUACAGCAGCUUCUCCAUAAGGAAGUGGUGGAUUCUGGGAUACUGGAAGGUCUCAAGAGUGGGUGGAGCAAACCCAAAAAGCAGAGGGACCCACGACUUACAAUGGAACUGAGGCACCAGCAAGUGAAGGAGAACCGGGCCAGACGCCAGCAGGAGCUGGAGAAGCAGAGACAAGAGAGGGCACUAAAGAAGGAGACUCUCUCCCAGGCUCAGCUGCUGGUGCAGGAGGAGAACAAGAACAAAGCUCUGAAGGCCAAGAUGGAAGAGGAAGAAAUCCAGAGGGAAGUAGUGAAGUUGCGCAAGGAAAUGAAUGAGCGCAGGAAGGCAAUGGAGGAGGCAAGGAAACUUGAAUGGAACAGGCUGCAGGCACAGAAAGCCUUGAAGGUGCGACAUGCAGUCCUGCCAGCACAGCAUGACUCCGAACGAGAGCAAGAGGAGAGGCGGAAGCUGGAGAAACAGGCCAGGAUUGGAGAGAUGCUGGGGCAGAUUUAUGCCGUGAAUCGCAAGUGCCUCCAGGCACAUUUCUCUUCCUGGUACAAACUGGUCCUGGAACGGAGAGUCAAGAUGGGGAAGGCUAGAGCUCUUGCAGACUGGAAGCGACAGUUACGGGUGUUUCGGGCCUGGAGGGACUAUGUCUGGUCCAGCAAGUUGAAACGAGAGACCCAGAAAUUGGAAAUGGACCUGAGAGAUGAGAACAGAAAACAGCAGGCGGCACAAGAAAGUUACCGCAGGCGCAUCUUGCGGCACUGCCUGGUGGAGUGGCAGCUCUGGAGUCGAGCAGAGAAAGAGAAGAGGGAGCUGGAGGCUCGGAAAGAAGAGACCAAGAGGAAAAUGGCAGCUCUACUAGAUGCAGCGUCUUCCCUUGGGGCCCCCAAAGAGCCGCUUGUAACUCACACGGGGAGCCCUGCAAACAGGGAGCAGAAGGUGAGCAGCAGUAACACUGCAGUGAGUGCCCCUCAGACACCCAUUACCUUAACCAAACACUGCCCAGCAGAGCCACCAAAGGCUCCCAAGCAUGCCUGGCAAGUAACACUGGAACAUGCAGCACUAACCCCUGAGGAGCUGCUCCAGCACCGGGCACAGGCAUCCAGCUUGUCUCACAAACACCAGUCCGAUGGGCCCACAAAAGUCGCUUCCUACGGGGAGAACUUUGAGCACCGGCACCAUUUCCAGCAGCAGCUGAUACAGGAACAAAGACGGCAACUUGAGGAUCAGAAGCAAACGAUUUUGGGGUUGAUGGAGAAUCAAAGACUUAUAAUAGCCAAGCAGGACAACAUGCAAGCCACAGCCCUCACUGCUGCAUUGUCCAACCCUAUUCCCAAUCCCAAGGAAACGCGCAGGAGAACAAGCAACUUUGGAACAGAGAAACCUUCAGCUGUGCAGCCUUUGGCCUCACCCAGCCCUGAUACCCGGAUUUGGAGUCCUCCCCAGAGUACAGUGUCCAGCGGCAGAAGACCCACAGGCUUCCACACCAGCCCACACCCUGCCAUCAAAGCCAUGGAAGAGAGAGCCGCUCAGAGAGCAGAGAGAAGAAAAGAGAUGGAAGAACUAAAACGUAAAAAAGAACAAGAGAAAUUGGCUCAGAUGAAGGCAGAGGAAGAGGAGCGACUGCAGAAGGAGGCGGCAGAGAAGGAAGCUCUCCUGGAGAGAAAGAGGGAAGAGAAGAGACUGCAGAAGCAGAAAGAGAAGGAAAGGCAGCUGAAGCUGCAGAAGGAGCAGGAGCAACUGGGACAAGCCAAGGCCCAUUAUGAGAAGAUACUGCUGAGAUCCUGGGGCCUGGAGCCCUGGAAGAGGCUGGUGACCCAGUCUAGACAGAACCUACAGAGGGCAGAGAGGCACCACAGCUCCAUCAUUCAGAGGCGAUGCUUACUGGCCUGGCAACAAGAAGUGUCUGACAUUGUGAGCGACAAGACGUCCAGGGCUGAGCGGCUGUGGGACAGGAUACAGUUACGUAGGAGCUUCCAGCACUGGCGCAAGUACAAGGAUUACCUGUCUGUCAUGGAGGAGAGAGCAGCCCAGAGGUAUAAGGCCUUUCUCCAGCGGAAGACAUUUCUUGCCUGGUUGGACUUGGCCCAGGAGGAGAAAAUGGCAUUGUGGGAAAAACAGAAGACAGCGGCAGAGCACAAUCAGAGGCGUAUACAGCUCACAGCAUUUAGGAUUUGGAGAAGCUUCCCGCAGUAUCUCAGAGAAGAGAAGCUAAAGGAAGAACGGAGAGAGCAGCUGAGGAAGAAGGUGUCCGAGAUCCUCCCAGAUUUCAGGAUGAGCCCAGUGAGCUGAGAGCCUUUAUUUGAUUUGGGCAGAGACAUUACAACAGACUUGUCUCUUCAUUACACACCAUAGUGAGAAGUACCGAUGGGAACCAGCAAUCAGCACUUAUAAUGUGGCUUGGGAGAGAUGAAGAUGGGAGCGUGAUGAACUGUGAGCUGUACAGCCUGCAAAAUUCCAUCUUCAAUGUGUCAUAGGUAUAAGGAACGGACAGGCCGACCAUUGAAUCCAGGGGGCAAGUAGAUGUUUUACAGGGGAUCUGUAUUUAUAAUAAAUUAAACAUUUUAUACAA